AGGAACUAUCCCGGCCUGCGUUAUGUGUUUGGCCCGGAGAGCUUCAUGUUACAGUGGCGCAUCCCGUACCUGAUGGCAGGCAAUUUCAGCCUGUGGAUGGAGAAGCAUCGGGACUUUGAGCACUUCGAUUCGGAUGUCAUAUCCUCGGUUAAAUGGCUCCCCAGUCCUGGCAAGCUGCUCUUGCUCGCCGACGCCGACGCCAUCAAGGAAGUCACAUCCGCCCGGGCGCGCUUCCCCAAGCCGCUGCAACAAUACAAGAUCCUGACCUUCUACGGCUCGAACAUCGUCGUCACGGAGGGCGACGAGUGGAAACGGCACCGCAAGAUCUCCGCGCCGUCCUUCUCGGAGCGCAACAACCGGCUCGUGUGGGACGAGACAAUGCUUAUCGUCAAGGAGCUCUCCGAGGUGCUCUGGGCGGGCCAAUCGGAGGUGCGUGUCGAGAACGUCGUGGACCUGACUGUUCCGAUGGCCCUCUUCGUGAUCGGCGUGGCGGGCUUUGGGCGACGGAUGAGCUGGAAGGAGGAUCUGUCGGUGCCGAAGGGGCAUGCGAUGCCGUUCAAGGACGCGCUGCAUAUCGUCUCGAAUGAUCUGUUCUUCAAGGUUCUACUCCCGCCGUGGCUGCUCAAGUUCGGGCCCACCAAGCGCGUGCGCAAUUUCCAGACGGCGUAUGAGGACCUCGAGAAAUACAUGACGGAGAUGAUCCAGCAACGCAGGAACGCCGAGAUGAAACAGGAGCGGUACGACCUGUUCAGCAGUCUGCUCGAUGCGAACGAAGAUGAGAGCGACGGGCAAAGCAAGCUGAGCGACAGCGAGCUUAUGGGUGAGAACACGGACGAGCAGGAGAUCCUGUAUCAGCAUAUCCAGAGUGUCGUCCCCGAGGACAGGGUUCCGAGCUACGAAGAGAUGGGCAAGCUCACGUAUUCGAUGGCGGUCUUUUUGGAGACACUGCGGAUGUUCCCUCCGGUGAACGCCAUCCCCAAGUGCGCCGAGGAAGACAGCGUGCUCGUCACCCAGAACAUGGCGGGCGAGAAACUGAGCGUCCCCUGCCCGAAAGGCACAGGGCUCGUCCUGCACACGCCCGGGCUGCACUACAACCCACGGUACUGGGACGACCCCUACGCGUUCAAGCCCUCGCGGUUCCUCGGCGACUGGCCGCGCGACGCGUUCCUCCCGUUCAGCGGCGGCCCGCGGUCGUGCCUCGGCAGGCGGUUCUCUGAGACGGAGGGCGUCGCGAUUCUGACAUACAUCAUCAAGCACUUCCGCGUCGACGUCGUGGACGACCCGCAGUACGCGGGCGAGACGUUCGCGCAGCGCAAGGAGCGGCUGCUGAGGUGCAAGAGCGCCAUCACGCUUUACUUCUCCCGGGCUCGAGAAGCUUACGUGUUUUGCAACCUUGUCGCCUCGAUCAGGAACUACCCCGGCCUGCGCUACGCCUUCGGCCCGGACAGCCUAGCAGUCAAGUCGCGCGUACCGUACUUAUCGGCGGGCUACUUCAACGUGUUCACGAGGAAGCACCGCGACUUUGAGGAGUUUGAUUCGGACAUUGUGUCUUCGGUGUCAUGGUUCCCGACGCCGAGUCGCCUCCUUAUGCUCGCAGACGCCACGGCAAUCAAGGAAGUAACGUCCGAUCGUGUGAGAUUCACGAAACCGCUCGCGGUGUACAAGAUCCUCAUGUUCUAUGGCUCGAACGUCGUCGUGACCGAGGGCGACGAAUGGAAGCGCCACCGCAAGAUCUCCGCGCCGUCGUUCUCGGAGCGCAACAACCGGCUCGUGUGGGACGAGACCAUGCACAUCGUCACCGAGCUCUGCCAGGGCGUGUGGGCGGGCAAGAGCGAGGUCGCCGUGUCGAACGUCGUUGACUUGACAGUUCCGAUCGCGCUGUUCGUGAUCGGCGUGGCCGGUUUCGGCAAGCGGAUGAGCUGGUCCGAGGAUCUGAACGUCCCGGAGGGAUACCACUUCACGUUCAAGGAUGCCCUCCACGUAGUGUCGACCGAUCUCCGCCUCAAGCUCUUCGUGCCGGAGUGGUUGCUCAAGCUUGGCCCCUCGAAGCGCCUACGAGACUUCUGGCAGGCGUAUGUGGACCUUGAGAACUACAUGCGCGCCAUGAUUGACAGACGCAGGGGCUCGGAGAAGAAGGAGGAGCGGUACGACUUGUUCAGCAGCUUGCUUGACGCGAACGAGGAGGAGGGUGAUGGGACGGCGAAGCUGAGCGACGGCGAGCUCAUGGGCAACAUUUUCAUCUACCUGAUAGCUGGGCAUGAGACCACUGCGCACACCCUCGCGUUCGCCUUCGUCAUGCUGGCCCUAUACCAAGAGGAACAGGAGAAGCUAUACCAACAUAUCAUGAGUGUUGCGCCGGGAGAUAGACCACCCAGAUACGAGGAUUUGGGCAAGCUAUCAUAUGUGCUGGCCGUGAUCCAAGAGACGAUGCGGAUGUUCCCUCCUGUCAUCAACAUACCGAAACACGCAGAAGAAGACAUGACGCUCCCCACCCAGAAUAUGUCGGGCGACAAGCUGACCGUACCUUGCCCAAAGGGCACCGCCAUCAUGAUCCACACACCCGGGCUGCAUUACAAUCCACGAUAUUGGAAGGACCCACACACUUUCAACCCCUCUCGGUUCCUGGAGGACUGGCCGCGCGACGCGUUCCUGCCCUUCAGCGCCGGCGCACGGUCGUGCCUCGGGCGGCGGUUCUCGGAGACGGAGGGCGUCGCGAUCCUCACGUACAUCAUCAAGUAUUUCCGCGUGGAGGUCCUCGAGGAGCCGCAGUACGCGGGGGAGACGUUCGAGCAGCGCAAGAGGAGGCUCCUCCGGUGUCGCACGGCGCUGACGUUGUAUCCGAUCAAGGCUCCGUUGGUGUUCAAGAGGAGAUAG